AUGAACUCUGCUGAUUUAAAAUCUCAAUAUAAACAAAAAAUCUUUAGAUUAUUAGGUUCUCAAGAUCCAAUUGAUUCAAGUCCUAUACAAUCAAAUGAUGAAUUUUGGGAAAUUUUUUGGAAAGAACCUGAUUCUGCUCAAGAUAUUUAUAAUUUAUUAACUUUUAAUGAUUUAAAAUUAAUUAGAGAUUCAAAUAAAUCAAAUUUUUUAAAUUGGAUAAGAAUAUUAUGUUUGAAAUUGAUUGAAUUAUCAAAAAUCAUACAAACAAAACCAAAUGAUUUGAAUAUAAAACAGUUAUUAAAUUGUAUUAGAUAUUUAACAAAAAUUUUACCAAUAUUAUUUGAAAAAUUGGAAUUUACACAAGAUAUAAAUAAUUUAUUUUGGAAUUUAAAUUAUAAUACUAUAGAUAUAAAUUCCCCCAAUACUGGGAAUUCAGAUAAUGCAACUAUAGGAACUCAAUCAACUGAUACAAUUGAUUCAAAUUUUACAAAUUCAUCAACAAAAGUUAGAAUAAAUCAACCUUUAUUCCCUAAAUCUCCUGAUUCUCAAACUGUUCAUAUUGGUGGAGGUGGAAAUAUUCAAAAUAAAUGUUUAGGUGAAAAUUUAAUUCAUAUUUUGGUGGAUUUAUUAUUUACAAGAGGGUUUACAUUAAUUAAAAAUGAUGUCUUGGGAGUUGGUUUUAAAAUUUGGGAAGUUGGUAUUGGUUCAAAUGGGAAAUAUUCAAAUCCAACUCCGGAAUUAGAUUCAAAUAGAUUAGAAGUGCUUAGAUUAAUUUUAACUUUAUCAUCACAAGGACUUUAUAUUCAACCAACAAAAAUUGUUUCAACAGGUUCAAGAUUUUUAACAAUCUUGGUAUCAACUUUAGGGAAAUUAAAAAUUUUAACAUUGAUUUGUUCUUUAUUAAAUUUAAUUUGUCGUUCAUGUAAAUCAGAUCCUGAAUUAAAUGGAUUAUAUUAUAAAGAAUCACAAUUUCAAAAUGUUAAAUAUCAAGAUUUAAGAAGAAGUUUCAUUACAAUUUCAUUAAAUUUAUUAACAAUAAUGAUUGUUUAUCCUAUUCCAACAAAUGAUGUUCAAUUUUUAUAUAAAUUAAGGAUCUUAAAUUCUAAUGAAAAAAUUCAUAAUUUAGUUCGUUCAUAUUUUGGAAGAUUACAUAAAGAGAAUGAAUUAAAUUUUAUUUCAAAUUCAAUUAUUUCAUUUUUAAAUAAACCAAUGGAACAAUCUAUGGAAAAUGAAUUAAAUCCUUUUAAUUUAAUAAAAUCAAUAUCUCCAAAUAGUUCAUCAUCACCAUCUAACUCAUCAUCAUCUGCAAAUACUUUAACAAGUAAUUUAUCAAAUUACUCAUCAUAUUUACCAAAUUUAUCAAAUUGGAAUAUGGAAUUAACUAUAUUAUUAUGGGAAUUAAUUCAAUCAAAUAAAAAUUUUAAAAAUUUCAUAUAUUCCAAAAAAGUUCAUGAAUUAAUUAUAAUUUUAAUUUUCCAUUUAAAACAUUAUAAAUCAGGUUUAUAUAAAUCAAAUUUAAUUAGAAUUAUUUGUUAUUUUUUAACAUAUUUAACAUCUGACCCUCAAGUUCAAACAAGAUUAAUAACACCAAUAAAUCAAAAUUAUUAUUAUAAUCAAAUUCCAAAUUUUUUUAAAAUUUCAAACUUGAAUAAUAAUCAAAUUGGAAAUUUAACAUGGAGAGAUUUUUUAAUAAUUCAAAUAUGUUCCAUCCUGUCACAAGAUUGUUCAUCCCAACAAUUUGAUUUUAUAAUUACACCAAAUUUUUUCAAUUAUUUAUAUAAUUUGAUUCCUAUAAAACAAGAUCCAAUAUCAACAACAUCAACUUCAAUAACUCAUUUAAAGAAUAAUAAAAAUUUUCUUUCAUAUCAAGCAUCAUUAUCUCUUAUAAACUUAAUUUCUAAAAUUUCAGAAAAUAAAAGUUUUUUGAUUAACCCAAUUAAAUUAGAUUUAUUUGCAAUUUUAAUUAGAUCUUUAAUAAAUUCUUGUUUAAGAUUUCCUCAAGAAUCAAGAAGUUUAAUUUAUAAUAUUGUUAAACAUGAAGAUAUUUUUAGAAAAUUGUUGAGCAAAAUUGAAACUUAUGAUUUAAAUGAUGAUGAUACCACAACCACAACAACAACCACUACUACUAAUGAUGAUGAAGAUGAAGCUCAAGAUGAUUCUCAGUCUGGUACUGAUAAUGAAGAACAAGAUGAAGAUGAAGAAUUUGAAGAAAGUUUAAAACCAAAACCUCCAAUUGGAAUGUCUUCAAAAGCUAAAAGUAAAUUACCAAUUGAUGCACCAUUAUCAAAGACAUGGACUGGAUUUAAAGCUUUGAAAACAUUAAUUAAAUUUAUUGAUUUCAUAAAGGAAGAAGUUCAAAAUAUUUCAACAUCAACAAGUUUAGAAAUUAUGGAAAUUUUAAUUAAGAUUGAAAAUAUCCCGGAUUUGGAAUUGAAACUUUUAAAAAUUUCAUCAUCUGAAUUUAAUAAAAAGACUCCUUUUGAAACUUUAAAAUUUAAUUGGUCUUCUAUAUCAUUAGGUUGGUAUGAAUCCAUUUUAUGGGGUGAUGUUUUCAAUUUAAAUUCUUAUCAAUAUCAAAAAAAUUUAAACAAUCAUGGUAAUUCAAAUUGGUUUUUAAAUAAAGGUAAAAAUUCUGGAUUAUCAGGAUUAUCAAGUCUGAAAGAAGUUGCUAAUAAUUGGGGAUUUAAUUGGAAUAAUAAAAAUCAAUCAAAUACAAAUGAAUUUGUAAAAAAUUGGGAAUUUGAUCAAAGUAUAUUACAAAUUAAUAUUUGGAAUGGUAGUGGUAUAAAAUUAUUUAAGAUUGAAAAACCCUUAUUAGAGAAACCUUUAGUUGAUGUUAAUAAUUUAAUGAAAAAAUUAAGAUUAAAUAGUUCAGCAAGUAUUAAUACUAUAAAUACUUUAGAAUCAAGAGGUGAAUCUAGAGCUGAAUCAUUAAAUUCAAAUCAAUUAACUCCAAUAAAUUCAAGAACAAGUUUUAAUACUCCAAGAAAUUCUAUUCAUAUUAAUAGUCGACAAAAUUCUUUUUCAAAUAUUCAUGAAAGUCCAUUUAGAAAUUGA